GUGGCCAUCUGUCAGCCUCUGCUGUACAGGGUGGUCAUGUCCCCUAGAGUCUGUUCUCUGCUGAUGUUGGGUUCUUACUUGAUGGGGUUUGCUGGUGCCAUGGUGCACACAGGGUGCAUGAUCAGGCUCAGCUUUUGUGACUACAACCUCAUUAACCAUUAUAUGUGUGACAUUGUCCCACUGCUCCAGCUCUCCUGCAGCAGCACAUAUGCCAAUGAACUUGCAAAAUCUGUUGUCGUGGGGACAGUUAUCAUUGUAUCUAGCCUCAUUAUCUUCAUCUCCUAUGCUUUGAUUCUUUACAAUAUCAUUCAUAUGUCUUCAGCUAAGGGUUGGUCCAAAGCCAUGAGCACCUGUGGUUCUCACAUAGUAGCUGUUGGCCUGUUCUAUGGAUCUGGGCUGCUCACUCAUGUCAAGCCAUCAUCUUCUGGGUCUGUGGACCAGGGGAAAUAUUUCUCACUUAUUUACACUUUUGUGGUGCCAGCGCUGAACCCUCUCAUUUACAGCCUCAGGAACAAGGAUGUCAAAGUUGCUCUGAAGAGAACCCUGAAGAGAGUCACAAACUGA